AUGGCACUACGCCUGGUGCAAAACUCAGAAGCCCACAGUGGUGACUGCCAAGGCCCUGCCCCACCCUCGGGCCUGCGCAAUCCCACAACAGCCCCACGCACAUGCGCCCCAAGCCUUCCACUCGGGGGCGCUGAUGCCUGGGCCGCCAUCUUGGGCUCCGAUGAUAAAGGUUUCAGCUUUGGAGUCGGGGUCCUGGAUGUGGUGGGGGAGGGCAUGGACCUGACCUACCCCCGACCUGGAGCGGCACCAGCACCUGAGGGCCUGGGACAGCCCGCUCCUCUGAUGCUUCUGGGGCUGGGCGGGGUAGGGGCUGUAGGAGGAGGACCCCUUGGUCGUAAGCCCCUUGGGGCUGGGCAGCUGGAAGUCCAGGACCCCCUGACAAUGAAUUCUAAGCCUCCAUUCCCACCAUCCUUGGACAUGGCUCUGAAGAUCUCUCACAUAGAAUGUCUUGCCAAGGAAAUUUUGGUGAAAUUUCAGGGCAGAUAUGAUGUUGAAUGUGAAUUUGACUAUCACAUAUUGCACAGUGAAAUCCAGCACAUUCCCAAAGCAUGUGAUAAUGUUGGCGUAGGUGAGUUUUGUUUGGUAGAAGAAAAAGAUUCUGGAGAAUGGCAUAGGGGACAAGUAGUGGAAAAUAAAAACCAGUUCUAUAAAGUGUUUCUCAUAGAUUGUGGAAAAGAGCUAAGAGUUAGUGCUACCCAUGUGGCUUCUGCAAGUGAAAACUUAUUUGAACUCCCUCCAAGGAUGGCAGUUGGUGUUUUUGCCAACAUACUCCCUCUUGGGGAGAAAUGGUCUCCCAAGGCUUUAAAUUACUUCAUGUCAUUAGUAGGACUCCAAGUGAAGGGACACGUGCAGGCCAUUCUGCCUCAUCAAAUGGUUCUUCUGGAGGUGCCAAGAAUCAUCUCUGAUCUUCUUGAACUGCAGUUAGGAAGGCUUGUUGAUGGAGGUUCAUUUCAUCUUAUUAUAGAAAUGUUAAAAGAAUUUCCUCCUAAUCCCUCUAGUUCCCAAAUGCCAGAUCUGCUGCAGCAACAAUAUAAAAGGCCCAGCUCUUCAUGUAGCAGUAAGGAGAUUUCACCUAAUUAUCAGCAUGUCCUAGAUAACUUGCAGCAGUCUCUGCCUGUUAACUGUAUGAAGAGUGUGAAAAUUGCUUCUGCAGUCAGUCCCAGUAGAUUUUAUUGUCACUUAACGAAGUGGUUGCCGGAGCUGGAAAACUUAACAACAACAAUGUCUUUGCACUACGAAGCGAUCAGCAGAGAGAAGAAUCCUCCAAGUGACAAUUUUGGGCUGCUUUGUGUCGCCAAGAGGAGAGAUAGGCAGUGGUACAGAGGGGUCCUCCAGCAGCUCCUGCCUCACGACCAAGUGAGAAUCUGGUUCAUGGACUUGGGCAACAGCGAAGCUGUGCCCUCCAGGUACGUGAAGAAACUGAAGCAAGAGUUCAGUUUAGGGCCGCUGUUUUCAUUCCCUUGUUCUCUGUCACAUUUCAGCAAUCCAGACAGAGACGUCAGGAAUUUUCAACUUCAGUUGUUUAAACGAGCUUUGUUAGGGCAGAUGAUGUUUGCAUAUAUUGAUCGCUUUGAUCCUGAGGAGCGUUUGUAUUAUGUGACCUUCUAUAGUCAAGAACUUGUGAUGAGCCCUAAGAACUUGCUGCUGGCAAACAGACGCCCUCUGCCACAAAGCCUGAUGUUGGAGGAAGAAACUUCUCAGCCUUUGGGAGAUGGGAAGCCCUCUCUCAGAAACAGUCCUGAGGAGGAGAGUUUUACAGGCAAUUCAGAACCAUUAAACUCUGCGUUGGAAAAAGACCCUUUAUCAAAGGUGACUGUAUGCUGGAAGACAGUAGAAAUGAAAGUAAAUUCUGCCUACGUGGCUUUUGUGGAGUACGUACUGAACCCAUCAAAUUUCUGGGUACGCACAAAUGAUCAUCAAAACAGAUUCCAAGACUUAAUGAAGAAGAUAGGAGAAUUGUAUGAUUCUUGUGAGAAGGAAGAAAUGAUUCUCAAAAAACCAGAGCCUGGAUUAUUUUGUUGUGCUCGGUAUAACAAGGACAUGCAUUUUUAUAGAGCUGUCAUCACUGAAGUUAAUGGUUAUAAGAUCAAUGUUUAUUUUUUGGAUUUUGGAAAUACUGAGUCUGUACCAUUUUAUGAUGUAAAAAUUUUGCUACAAGAAUUUUGUGAAUUACCAGCAUUAGCUAUGUGCUGUUCACUGGCUCAUGCGUAUCCCACAGAAGAUAUAUGGGUGAAGAAAGCAACAGAUUUUUUUAAAAAGACAGUGUUUGACAAAGCACUCCUGCUUCACGUUGUAGCCAAGAAAAAUGACAAGUAUACUGUUGACGUACAGUGCACGGAGGCCUCUGGGAAAGUUAAUGUUGUUGGUCUUAUGGUACAAGCUGGUUAUGCAGAAUGUUGGGAAGUAAAACCAGAAUGUCUUCCAAAACUUGGAGCAGAUGUUUUAGGACCAAAUUUAAAACCUGAGCACAACCUUGUAGUUGCACAAGCCAAGCAACCUCUUUUAGCCAAAUCUAUCCACAGUUCUGUGAGCAAGUCAGAAUUCUCAGUUGCUGCCUUCACAGGGUCGGAAAAGCCUUUCCCCAGAAAUCUAGGGCAUGUAUCUGGGACAAACGAGCCUCUCCAUCCAUACAAAGAAUAUGUGUUCAAGCCCGGAACCAUCAUUGAUGUGAAGUGUUCGUAUUUCUCUUGCCCUGGAGACUUUUCUUGCCAACUGCGGAGUAAGUUACCAGCACUGAUGCUGCUCAUGGAGCGGAUGCAGAGGUAUUAUGGGACCCACAGGGACCCUUAUCAAGAAGGGCAGGUGGCCUGCGUUGCCAGGUAUGCGAAAGAUGGCCAGUGGUACCGAGCAGCUGUUCUGACUCAAGUGUCUCCCAGAGAAGUGAAUGUCAUAUUUGUUGACUAUGGUAAUCAGGAAAGAAUCUUAAUUAAUGAUCUUUGUGCUAUUAACCCAGAUUUUCUUAUUUUAGAGGGUCAAGCAUUUAGAUGUAGUCUUAACAAUUUAAUUGAACCUGUUAAUUCUGAAUCAUUCAAUUGGACAACAAAGUCUUGCAUAGACUUUGGAAACUUUAUUUCUUCAUACGAUGGACAGUUGACUUGUAUCAUCUAUGCUUUGGUUUUAAUACACCCAAAUUGUCUGUGCAACAUAGUCGACUUGCAAACUCCAUUCAUCAGUGCUCAAGAAUUUCUGGUCAAUUGUGGCUGUGCACAACACAGUGCCUUUUUAAAGUACUUGCCAGCAUCAGUGAGCCUUUACAGUUUCUGCUAUUCUUCUUUUAACUUAAAAAUUGGAAGUGAAGAAGAGGUAUAUAUAUCCCACAUCCAAAGUCCGAAAAAGUUUUAUUGUCAACUGAGGAGAAAUAGUCAGAGUCUGGAGGUAAUAGCAGCAAAAAUUGCAGAGAUUAAUAACCUCUCAAAUUAUCCAAAAUUUGAUGGCAAAACAAGAUUAUGUUUAUCUAGGUACUUGGAAGAUGGUUUCUUUUACAGAGCGAUAGUAUCUCCUGUGGAUUCAUCAUCCUGCUUACUGGUAUACUUUGUGGACUUUGGAAAUAAACAAAUAGUAGAAGGAAAUAAAUUAAUGCCUAUUUUAGACCACUCCCCAGAGUUGCUUUUUACGCCUAUGCAGGCAAUAAAGUGCUAUCUCUCAGACCUUAGGGAUGUGGACAUUCCAGCAGAAAUCAACAUGUGGUUUGAAGAAAACUUUUUGGGAAAACCACUGAAAGCAGUGAUUGUGUCUAGAGAUUCAGAUGCCCAGCUUGGCUUGGAACUGUAUGAUGGAAAUCAGCAGAUAAAUCAGAAAGUUAAAACUUUACUUCAAGUUUAUGGGAACAAAAAGGACCAAGGAAAAUGCAUGGAGAAGUUUAAUAAGAAAUAUGAAAAUAAAAUGUUGAGUAGAGUAUCAUCCAAAGACAAAGUAUACCGCUGCCCUUCUCCCAUGACUAAAACCAGUUAUCCCAGGUAUCUUGAAAACAAAGUAGAUCCGAUUGUGAAUUCCAAAGAUACACGUAUUACACUUUUAAAAUCAACAGCCUCUUUUCAGAUUGAGCCUGUUAUAGAAAGCAAGCCUUCAAAGGAACGACCAAAAAAUACAAAUGGAAAAACUAGUCCUGGAUCUGCUUCCCACCUUGACUUCGUUAGUAAAGGAAAACCAGUACGUGCCUCAUCAGAAACUUGCAUAGCUAGACAGGGCGUGACUCCAUCAAGAGCAGAGAGUAUGGCAAGACCCCACAUCUCAGACCUUCCUCCUCUUCCUGUCCACCUGAAUGUCAAGGUUAAGGGCUACGUAUCUAAUAUAUGGAGUCCAGCAAGCUUCCACAUUCAGCUUGUUGAGAAUGAAGACUUAAUCUUUAAACUUGAAAGAGAACUAAACAGAGAGGUGGGAGAUCUGGACAGGGAGAGUAAACCGAUUGCACUUUCAGUGGGAGAUCUCGUGGUUGCAAAGUAUGCUGCUGAUAAUACCUUAUAUAGAGCAGUGAUUAAGAACGUUGUAUCAAGGAAUUCUUUUGAAGUGGAAUUUAUCGACUAUGGUAAUACAGAAACUGUAAAUUUGUCCCAAAUCCAUGAACUUGAUAGGAAAUUUUUGACUGUUCCCCAGCUUGGCCUUCAUUCUUUUCUCAGUGGAGUAAGAUAUAAUGAGCCCGAUGAAUUGUGGGACAGCAAAACCAUAGCUUACUUUGCUGAAAAAGUAAAUAACAAAUUAAUUUCUUGUGAGUUUUUGAAGAAGCAUGAGCAAAAAUGGGAAGUAAAUAUUAUUUGUGAUAAGAAGUGUGUUGUUAAUGAAAUGAUGAAAUGGAUAGCAUGUUCAAAGAAGCGAGAGAAAGUAUCAAAAACGUCUGAAACUCUCUCUAAAAGAAUGAGUCUGGGUAUUGAUAGUAAAGAGAAGAAAAGGUCAGAUGAAAGUAAAUGCCCUAGAGCAUCCUGCUACCAACCAGCUAAAAUCCCAAGUCCUGAGUUAAAGCCUGGACAGCUUGAGAAGGCUGAGAUACUUCACGUUUCAAAAGGUGGCAACUUCUCUGUGAAACUAAGUAAAAAUGCACAAGUGUCAUCCAGCUUGCUUUCCUUGAUAGUUAAAGAAGCCAAGGAAAACCCUUUCCUUCCUGUGGAAAAUAUAGAAGAAGGUUUAGAGUGCUUGACAAAAUCCAGAAUCACAGCGUCGUGGUGCCGUGCCAAGGUGGAGAAGUGUUUGGGAGAAGAGAAGAUGCUCGUUUAUUUGCUAGACUGUGGCCGCUAUGAAGUGGUGCCUUUGCUGGGGACUAAGGAGCUCGGCCAGGAGAUCAGAAGCAUUUCCCAACAGGCUGUGCCUUGCAAAUGGAUUUGGAUUGAAAAUGCCAGAAAGAUGUCGUUUGAAUCUAUAGCACACUUGUUUGCACACUUGGAAAUAAAAAUUCUGUUCCUCCGCUAUCUCAGUGCUGCCUGGGAAGUAGAGAUCUUGGUGGAUGGCCUGUUGCUAUUGGAAUACCUAAACUUGAGAGUUAGUCAGAGUGAGGAGAGCAAGCAGAAUCAUUCAGAGAGUCUUAGUGUGGAAUUGGAGAGCCCUGUGACAUCCUUCAGAGUGAACCCCGUUAGGUGGGCUCCUCUUCAGAGCGGCCAACAGUAUAGAGGCUUCGCCACGGCCAUUUCUGACCCCUCUGACUUCUGUGUGCAGCCAGAGGACUUCUUUGACACCAUGACAUCUCUGUGCAGGCUGCUUUUGGCUCUGCCUGAUCACCUACCCACCCUCCCCCCACAGCUGGUUAUUCCAGGGUCCACUUGUUUGUUCAGAUAUGGGUGGGAAGACCAAUGGAAUAGGGUGGAAAUUUCUGAAGUCUCCACUCAGUCUGUGCUGCUUCUGUUUAUGGACUAUGGAUUUUCUGUCUGUAUUCCCCUUUCAGCGUAUACUAACCUCAAAGUCAUUCCUGAGGAGCUUUUGUGUUUGCCACGGUUGACUUACCGCUGUGCCUUAUCUGGCAUACUGCCUGCUAAUGGGGACCACUGGGAGGAGGCUGCAAAAGCUUUUUUUCAAGACUUACUGAGCAAGCCAGGCUUGUUCUUUCAGUUUCAAGAGUAUAGCCCUGGCACAAAACUGGAAGUCGAGGUCAUACACGGGAAGAACCGCCUAGCAGACUUGCUAGUGGUAGCUGGGCAUGCAGUCUUUUCUAAAGAGGAGGCUAAUUUUGUGGCAGUGGAUAGCAUCCAGUCUACCAAAAUUGAGUAUAAGUUGCAGGGAAGGCACUUUCAUCCACUAUUAGAUAAGGUUUCCCUGAACGAAAAUGUACUUUUGACAUGUACGGGGCAAGCGAGACCACAGCAGUGGAAAUUUAUUCCAUGGAAAGAUGUCUACAAAAAUAUUUUUGGGAAGGCCACCCCUGGUACUUGUUUUCAUUCCAGAAACUUAACCCUGAGGAAGAAAGCUGGAAAUGAAAAAAACAAAUCUAAAAGUAUAAAGUUUGAGACCUGUGAGAGAAAUACAUUUUGGGAACAGCAUAAUCACUUGAGGGAUGAACCUAGUUGUAGCAAAAAUAUUCCUGAAAACCUACCACCAGGAGGAAUAUGGAAAACAUACAACCUUUGUACCAGAAUAAAAGCAUUGAACAUCAAUGAAGAAAUGGUACUAGAAGAAAAUUCAAACAAGGAGGAAGGUGAGAACUUGGGUCAUUUAUGCAUCAGUGUGCCGACCACUAUUCAAAAGGGACCCAGUUCUGGAAGCCCCGAGGCAUGCUGCAGAUCCACAGUGUGUGGUGAUGCUAUUGAAGAUUCCAACAAUUUUCUUCAAUUAGGGGAUGGACAGCUGAAGAAGAACCUCAUUUCAUGAGGAUGUUUUGCUU